AGGAAGCCAUCAAGGAUUCUGUUCGGAGACUCACAGUGCCGAGUACAUGCGGCACAGACUUUGCUAAGAGUGAUAUCCGUUAACUUUAAACAAAGCUGACGUAUAUUUGAGAAUUGUUCUCAACGAAGAAUUAUCUGUAUUUUAUUAAACAUACAAUGACCACUUGUCGAGGGUACAGUUACGUCACCUUUGGGUUGUGAAUACACGUCUGGCUCUCUGCUGUUUGUUAAUUAAUUCUAUAUUUUAUACUAUAGCUAUACUAUUAACUUCUGAAUAAAGAAUCGGCUCCUUCAGAGAAGAUGGAGGAGAGUCCUCGGUCACGUACGGUGAUUACAAGCCACAGCAGCCCACAUUCGGACAACUUCUCCACUUCAACACUUGCCUAUGACAAACAUUUUAUUCGCACCGUACCGGGAUUCCUCAUCAUUGCAGAAAUAGUCCUUGGUCUGCUGGUGUGGACGCUGAUUGGUGGAACUGAGUACUUCCGUGUGUCUGCAUUCGGGUGGGUCAUGUUUGUAGCAGUGUUCUACUGGGUGCUGACUGUAUUCUUCCUCAUCAUUUACCUGACCAUGGCUUACACCAGAAUCCCCCAGGUACCCUGGACAACAGUGGGCCUGUGCUUCAACAGCAGCGCAGCCGUGCUGUACCUAUCUGCCGCUGCUGUGGACGCUGCCUCGCUUAGCCGAGCGGUAAAGGGACAACACGACUUCAACAGCUGGGCAGCCUCCACGUUCUUUGCCUUCCUGGUAGCUCUAUGCUACUUGGGAAAUGCGUACUUUAGUUUUAAAUCCUGGCGGUCACAGGAGGAAGGUCAAUGAGUGACAAAGGAAACUGAUGCUUUGACUGUUGAAAAUAUGAAGAAAGAGGACAGAGUACAGAGUUUGUUUCACUUUGCAAAAGACAAAGAGCUGGAAGUGACGAGUGGGCCAGGACAGGGUCCUUCCCUUGGCUGUUGACAAACGCAUUGUUUUAAAAACCCCGCAAACUCUGGCUGGGAAGUCUAUUUCAGGAUGUGCAGGACUGCACAAUUGGAACUAUUUGAAAACAUUGUUUUUUGUUUCUCAUUGCUGUUAAUAGGCAGUGAAAAAUGUUUUAUUAAAGGACAUAUUUAAAAUGACCUGUAAUUUCUUUAGUUGGACUGCAGGAUUAAUUACACUGUAUGUGUUAUUUAUUCUCUGCGUACAACAAUUAAGCACAAAAAAUGGAACAAGAAUUGUACUCUUUUGAACUGCAUAGGAGAAACUGAAUGUGCUUUCAUAUACAUGUGUAGCAUAGUAAACAUAUUUCCAGUGUACUGUAUUAUCAAGAAUAUUGUUUGCAUUUCUUUGUUUUUCACAUAUAAUGUAAUAGUGAAUGCAAGUGAAUUCAUUUUAUUUUGUACUUACAAUAGUGCACUGAAGGUAGCACUUUUCUCUGUUUAACUCAUUUGAGUAGUGAAAGGGGGGGCCCUGCCUUAAUUGAGUCUUUUUUUAAAUUAAAAGCAUUAAACAGUUUGAGAUUAAA